AGAGAAGGGCGGCUGGCGGCGCUGCCGGGCUCCCGGGCCUCACUCUCUGAGAGGAGUCCGAGAGGCUUAGCGCCGUUUUCCAGAGCGGAGGGGGACCGGUGGGGGGGACGCAUCGACGGAGAAAGAGGAGGGCCCACAGCUAUUGUUCAUGUCUGUCCACGAACAAAGGGCUCUUCGGGGAGCGUACCCUUGUCUACUACAGGCUUUCGGCACCGGACAAGGCCGCGUAUGAAAGAAAAAUAUUACGGAGCGCUAAACGCCCGCUUUCUUUUUAAGCGCCAAUGCUACUUUAAUCUUUUACAAUUAUUAUUUUUUAUUUAAAGAAGGGGAUUUAAGGCACUCCUGCCGCCGUACUGAGCGCACACGCCGGGCAGCAGCGAUUUGCGGGAUCCGUAAGCGCCGGUUCUGUCAGCACUUCUUCCCCAGGCUGUUCCUCUAAGUCUUUCAAGCUGUACUCCCCAAAGGAGCCCCCGAACGGUAGUGCCUUCCCCCCCUUCCACCCAGGCACCAUGCUGGACAGAGACGUGGGUCCAACACCAAUGUAUCCUCCUACGUACCUGGAGCCUGGAAUAGGGAGACACACGCCGUACGGGAACCAGACCGACUACAGGAUAUUCGAGCUCAACAAACGGCUACAGAACUGGACAGAGGAGUGUGAUAACCUAUGGUGGGAUGCCUUUACCACUGAGUUCUUUGAGGAUGAUGCCAUGUUGACCAUCACCUUUUGUUUGGAGGAUGGCCCUAAGAGAUACACGAUCGGCCGGACCCUGAUUCCGCGGUACUUCCGCAGCAUCUUCGAAGGUGGUGCCACCGAGCUCUAUUACGUCCUGAAGCACCCCAAAGAGUCCUUCCACAACAACUUUGUGUCCCUGGACUGUGACCAAUGCACCAUGGUCACGCAGAACGGCAAGCCCAUGUUCACGCAGGUGUGCGUGGAGGGACGACUGUAUCUGGAGUUCAUGUUCGACGACAUGAUGAGGAUCAAGACGUGGCAUUUCAGCAUCCGCCAGCACCGUGAGCUCAUCCCGCGCAGCAUUCUGGCCAUGCAUGCCCAAGAUCCACAGAUGCUGGACCAGCUGUCAAAGAACAUGACGAGGUGUGGCCUCUCCAACUCCACACUGAACUACCUCCGACUGUGUGUGAUCCUGGAGCCCAUGCAGGAGCUUAUGUCCAGGCACAAGACCUACAGCCUCAGCCCCCGGGACUGCCUGAAGACCUGCCUCUUCCAGAAGUGGCAGCGGAUGGUGGCCCCCCCAGCGGAGCCAGCAAGGCAGCCGCCUAAUAAGCGGCGGAAAAGGAAGAUGUCGGGCGGAAGCACCAUGAGCACGGGGGGUGGCAGCAACAGCAACAGCAACAGCAAGAAGAAGAGCCCCGCUGGCAGCUUUGCGCUCUCCAGCCAGGUACCUGACGUGAUGGUGGUGGGAGAGCCCACCUUGAUGGGGGGGGAGUUUGGCGACGAGGACGAGCGGCUGAUCACCCGGCUGGAGAACACGCAGUUCGACGCCGCCAACGGCAUCGACGACGAGGACAGUUUCAACAACUCCCCAGCGCUGGGCUCCAACAGCCCCUGGAACAACAAGGCGCCCUCUAGCCAGGAGAGCAAGAACGACAACCCCACGUCUCAGGCUUCUCAGUGA